AGACCUUCACCAGGUCAAAGUUUGAACUAAAGGCUCCCACGAACGACUAGCACACCCAAGAGAGCCCACGGAGAGCUUGCACGAGCCAGGAACCCUUUGUGGCGUCUCUUUGUGCAACACAGAGAGCCUUUGACCAGUCCGAGUGUCCGUUGACACGUCGCGCCAGUCCGAGAGCAGGCGUCCAGAAUGUUCGGCUCUUCCACGUCCCUAUGACGAACAAAAGAUGGCCACCUCAACGUUGGUCAUUUGAGGAGAAAAUUUAGUGCGCAUUGUUGGAAAUAUUGUGAAUUUGAUGAUUCUAAUUCAUCCUUCGUAUGGUAAAUUCAUACUACAACAUAUUAUAACGGAUAAAUUUUCAAAAUAAGUGCACGCUUAGUGAAAGUGAAAACGGAAUUUUUGAAUGAAAAUCAAAAACAUUGAAAUCGAAUUUGUGCCACCAGUGAAAAAAGAACCACGUUGAAUAAUUGAUACCCUUCAGUAAUUCACCAAUAACUGAGAUUCGUCAUUUAUGGAAAUAAAUCCAUGCUGAAAUGUGCCAUCCGAGAUUACAAAGAGGAAGCGAAUGAAAAAUCUAGAUAUAUGGCAGAGCUGUGAUUUCGUGUAAGUGACUUCAUUUUUGAUCGAUAUACAACUACGGAUAGAAAGGCUUGUGCCACCAAAAUGACGCAACUGGAGGAUGAUGAUGCUUUGCUGAACAAUCUACUGAAAUUUCCCGGCACCAUCAUUAUCUACAACAAUGACCUCAAUACCUACAAUUACGUCCUGAACGGCCACAAUUCCAUCCCACUAUCAGUGUCCACCAUGGACGGGCCAGUUGACCUGAAUGACACUGUUUCAAUCAAUGUUGAAACCAUUCCAUCGUGUACACCGCCAGGGUCACCAGCAGCUUCGACGACAACGACCGUUGAAGAGCACACCGAAGAUACCAACAGUGCCAGCAAUAGCAGUAUCCCGAACGAAUCUUCUCUCAACAUCACGGGAAACAGUCAGGACGAUCAUGAGCCGGAGGAAAUGGACGACGAUGGUGACUCAGAGCCCGAGCUUACCAAUCUGUCCUGGCUGACAGAACUCAAGAACAUCACAAACUUAACACCUUCGGAUGUGCCGCUCACCGAUCUGCCGACGGCUCGUUUUAAUAAAUUCAUUGCCCAAGUGCGAAGAAGCCGAGAAUCGUACGACAAAAGAAAAGAACAGUACACCUCGCUUACGAACUCGGCGGAAAAACCACCUUUCAAUUAUGCGCAAAUCAUCGCAAUGGCGAUGCUAGAUGAGGGACGGAUGACCUUGAAACAAAUUUGUAAAUGGAUACAGGAAAAAUUUACUUAUUAUAAGGUGCACAAGAAUUGGAACAACUCAAUUCGACACAAUCUCUCGCUGAGUUUUUACUUCACGAAGGUAUCACGCGCCAAAGAUGAAAAAGGGAAGGGGGGAUACUGGGAGCUCUCCAUGGAUGUUUCCAAGAGCGAAAAGAAGCGCAUCAGGGUACGGCAUCGCAACAAAGGUAAUUCGGCUGGAUCUUCAAUACGUAGUCGGAAUAGAGUGCGCAAAACUCCUGAUGAUGCGGAUAUGAAUGCUGACCUUUGUGAAAAAUCGGUUGACAAUGAUUCUAUUGGAGGUAGCAUCGAUGGAAACAACAAUAACAGCAGCCAUGUUGCAGUUAACGAUCAGCAAAUGGAGGGCAAUUUGAAUGGUUCAGUAGUUCCAAGCUCUACUGUUGAUUCGUCUGACAAUGCAAGCAGUUACGACACAGGAUCCGUUGAUAGUGGGGUUUCUGAUACAUACGAAUCGCCUGCGAUCGUUAUCAAUGAAGAUCAGCUGAUUAAAACAAGUAAUUUGGUGGAUGGUUGCGCCUUCAACUUCGAUUCAAUCAUAAACACCGAUACUGGUACAGGAAUGUUUACAAACAUGAACGUGGACGAGAUCUUCUCAGAUAACGAGAUUCCACAGCCCGCCAACGACGACAUAAUUGUACCGUUCUUCAGUAACAACGGUCACCAGACGAUCCAUACUGGGCCGAAUGUGAUCGUCGAAACCAUCCCAUACUUUCUGCCUGAUAUGGUCAAUUUCGAUGAGCAGGAUUUCGGCAAUCUGAUUAACAUCAACGAACAGGAAAUCAGCGAUGAGUUUCUCAAUGAACAUGGAUUUUUGUAGAGUUUAUGGAAGAAGUGGUGAAAUGCAUCGUAUUUCAUGUUGUCAUUUUAAAAUCCAAUAAUUACAAUUGGUGCCCCUCUCAACCAGUGUUUACUCCGUCCAAGCCAUAUGCAACCACAAAGGAUGUAACUGUCUAGUCCGAUAGUGAUAGGGUUUAAUUAUUGUAAGGAUUUUGCUAGGAAUUGUGAACAUGUUGCGCAGGGAAAUAACUGAGAACAGUGAGGCAUGAACGAGACUAUCCUAUCAGAAACUGUUAAAAUUGUGUACUUACAACAACCGACAACUGGUUAUACUGGUAGUGUGAUUCA